GCUACGCCCCCUGAUUAGAAGGCAGAGCGCAAGCUCGUGCUGAUAUUGUCGGGGGGGCGGGGUAGCCUGGAGAAAUACCCAGCUUAAAAAUAAUAAUAAUAGUAAUAAUAAACAACACACCGCGAGUACAGCUGCUCGACGGAGUUCGACGUAAAGAUACUGUAAUCGACGCUGGUCUCACUUUUGUCCUCCCCUUAUAACUGGCUUCCUUAUGCCAUCGAAUAUGCUGUAGGCCUCAGCCAGCUGUUGGACUGAAUCUUGGCGCCCGAGUAAAGAGUGCGAAUUGCGGCUUUGGGUAUCUACCUGGAGCCGUAGCUCAUGUUCACGCACAUUCGAACUGGAAGAUUUUCUCAUCCAUCUGUCCUGAGAGGAUCCAGAUGUGUGAAUAUGAGCAGUUUGGGAGCCAGUCACUCAAGUGUGUGAAAGCAGAAGGAUUCCUGAGCCACACCAUGUCCUCCAGGACCCAGUGAUGGACCCAGAAACGUUUUCUCACAUUCGCCUGUGGUGCCCUCGGCCCUUUGGGACUUAUUCCCAAAACAAGGCUUGUGCAGGUGGGACAGUGGGAGGCAGCAGCAGUGGCACUGGUGGUGGAGUUGGUGGCAGUAGUGGUGGAGUUGGUGGCAGCACUCCUACCCUCCUAAAGAGUCCAAAUGAUCUUGUUCGCAGAGGCCCGCACAACGGGCAGAGUGAGGAAGACACUGCUUCUGAAAACAUGCCGCCACCUCCUCCCUCCUCCAUCACAUCUUCUGGAGGAAAUCAGAUGGAGGAGGGCCGGGUGCUGCUGGAUACUUGGUAUGUUAUCAAGCCUGGAAAUACAAAGGAAAAAAUUGCCUUUUUUGUUGCCCAUCAGUGCAGCGGAGUUGCCCUAGCCCGUCCAAACACAAUGAAAGUCAAAGGAAACUGGAGUACAGAUGGCUCUAAAGCUAAGCGCCGCCGCUGCUCAUCUUAUGACCCCAGCAAAGCUAGGGGGGCUAAUUCACCAGCAAGCAAGGAGAAAGAGGCAGAGGUGGGUGAGACGGAGGGCCUGGACUCUGAGCCGAGCGAGACAGAUCUGUUGUCUGUGGCAGAGAUGGUAGCACUAGUGGAACAAAGGACUGCUCUAGCCCUACAGAGUGUUAGUGGACUGGGGUCUUCACACAACCACAGUGGAAUCCGUAAUUCAGCUUCAUCCCAUUCUGCCACCACUCAUGGCCCAGUGGUGUUUUUAUCUAAGGAGGAACCUCCGGUUUCCACCAUAUCCUCCUUUCUUCCAGCAGAACGAAAACCUCCGGAUUCUCGACGAGUUGCAGAGGCCAUUGCACACUUUGAGUCUCAGCAGCAGCAGUUGGAAAGUGCCCUCUUGAGACGUGCAGGGGUUUCACCCGAGAAGACAUCUGGGGGAGAAACUGGAGGCAAUGGCAGCAGUGGCCCUAGUGGGGAGGUUCGGAUAGCCUUUCGAGUCUCCAGUAUGGAUCUUCGCUCCCAGGCUGAGCCUGGUACUGCCGGUCGUCCCAACUGUAUGUUUCUCAGCUGUGGUGGGAGCAGCCCUAAUGGGGGAGCCAGAGCCAAGGAGAAAAUCACCUGUGACCUCUACCAGCUGGUUAGCCCUUCUUCUAGGGAGACUCUACCCUCCAGUAACAUGGAGUUCUUACUUGGUGGGGCAGAAACACGAGCGGAUAUAACCACGGAGCGACCAACUGCCCCUGCUAGCAAAGAGUCCACAGGUGAUGUAGCCUCUGCAGAGAAGAAGAGUACCAGUGACCGUAUGAGAGAGUGUGUAUCUGGCUUUCAUGUUGAGGUGGUUGUGACUGGUGCAGUGGACCAGUGUGUCUUUUAUGGGAAGGACAGCACAGAGAAUGUUAAGGAAGAGACUGUCUGUUUUACUGUCACAUCACCAGCUCCCGACUCCUCCUCCUUCUCAGGUUGUGAAGAGAACCCACCUCCCCCUGGACAGCUCUUCUUCCUCCACACACCGCCCACUCACACUGAGGAGGAAGAUGGAAGGGUUGGCCAGAUGCAUGGUUCCCUUGAAUGCACCAGCGUUAACAGUGGCAGGGAGCACCUGGAAUCUUGCGACUCUCCCUGUACUGGUCCCGAAGGUGACCCCUCGGAUACCUCCUUGUGCCGACUCUACCGCCAUGUCUCCCAUGACUUUCUUGAAAUUCGUUUCAAGAUUCAGCGCUUACUGGAACCCAGACAAUAUAUGUUGCUGCUCCCUGACCACAUCAUGGUGAACAUUUUCAGUUAUUUACCCACUCGCUCACUUGCAGCCCUUAAGUGCACCUGCCAUUACUUCAAGGUGCUUAUCGAAACUUAUGGCAUUCAUGCCACUGACUCCCUCUGGAACCAGGACCCCUUAUACCGGGAUGAUCCCUGCAAGCAAUGCAAAAAGCAUUACGAGAAAGGGGAUGUGUCACUCUGCCGCUGGCACCCAAAACCUUACCACCACGAUUUGCCUUAUGGACGCUCUUAUUGGAUGUGCUGUCGGCGUACUGAUAAGGACACGCCGGGCUGCCGGGUGGGGCUUCAUGACAACAACUGGGUGCAGCCCUGUGAGCUUGUCCAGACGCGUGCCAGGAGAGAGGAUGGGAGGUGAAACUGGCAAUUGGUGGGCGCAGGCUGUUUAUGGGAUGGAGUGGGACAACCCUUGCUGUAAUGAAGCCAUUCAUUGAAUGUUAACUUUAUGGCGGAGGGGUUUGUGUGCGUGCGUGCGUGCGUGUGUGUGUGUGUGUGUGUCAGAGUGUGCAAGUGUACAUUGUUGUGGUGGGUUUUUUGUUUCUUUUCCUAACACUGGUUUUUGCUUAAUUCUUAAACCCUGUGCCUCACCUGGUCUUACAUCCCCUACUGCCAUGCUAAGCAGCAUGUCAUUUGAAAAAUGAGUUGGACAGAAAAAAACAAAAUUGAACCUCUUUAACUUUUUCUGCUUUUUGUUCCAGCCACUAGGCAUGUUCAUUUAUGUUCUUCAAUUACAAAUUUUAUUUAUUUAUAUGUAUUCUUUUAAUCAUAUCAUAUUAUCUACUAGACAGGGAGCCAAUGCUCCUUGUGCCAGAUUCAUUUUAGAAAUUGGUGGAUUGUGGCAGCUUUGCUUUUUGGGCUUUGCUUCACAGUCUUGUCACUUGGUCACUUGUGACCCAAGUUUGAUUCUUGUUUUUUUUUUUUUUUUCUUUUUGUUUUAACUGUGUGGCUUUGUGAAACAGGCUGGAACAAAAAUAAAUAAAAAUAAACUGCCGGCUACAGGCUUGCAAAUUUCCAAAAUGUGAAGUGGUUCAUUCAGCGGGUGCCUUGUCCAUCUGGUCAGUCAAAAAGUCCCAAGUCAUUGAUCAGUGAAUUUCAAAUGACAAGUUUUUUGUCAACAUGCUUUUUUUCCAGAUCAUUCAAAUUCACCAUUUUUUUUUUUUGUUUUUCUAUAAAAAUUGUAAAAAAAAAAUAUAUAUAUAUUAUACUUGCUUGCCUCCAAAUGCUUGUGACAGGGGCAGGCAGGGAAUUCAGCACCUCACAAUUUUGCACUAAAUAGAAUGACCAUAGAGAGUCACUUCUCUGGGAUACUUUAAUGCUGAUUGACUCUGCUAACAAGCAGCACUGUCUUUUAUUUUUUUGUCAUUUAUACUUGUAAGUUACAA